ACGGCGGAGCGCAGAGAGAGCCAUGGCUAGAGAUGGCGAGGGGCGCGGGCGGACGGCCGCCGCGGCUGCGGAGCCUGGCCUGAGGGAGCGGGGGCCCUAGGACCGAACCGGCGUCGUCCCGCAAAAAAUAAGAAAAACUCAGUUAACCACCAAAAAAAAAAAAAAAAAUCAAACCCAAGCGCCACCAACCGAGCGGCGACGGCACCGAGACCCCUCCAGAGCCGCCGCGUCCCGCGGGAGGAGCCGGCCCGCGCCCGCCGCACCACACGGAUGUGCGCGGCCCGCGAUGAACGCGCAGCUGGCGAUGGAGAGCAUGGGCGACCUGCACGCGGUGAGCCAUGAGCCGGGCGCCGAGCUGCUGGGCGGCCCCGCGCACCCCCGCGCCGCCGCCGUGCCGCCCCGCGGGCACCUGGGCGGCCCCGCGCGGCCCGCGAGCAUGGCGCUGCUGGACGGCGGCGACUUCCACCACCACCACCGCGCCGCCGAGCACGGGCUGGGGGGGCCGCUGCACCCCGCCAUGAGCAUGGGCUGCGAGACGCCCCCCGGCAUGGGCAUGAGCGGCACCUACACCACGCUGACCCCGCUGCAGCCGCUGCCGCCCAUCUCCACGGUGUCGGACAAGUUCCCGCACCACCACCACCACCACCACCACCACCCGCACCAGCGCCUCCCGGGCAACGUCAGCGGCAGCUUCACGCUCAUGCGGGACGAGCGGGGCCUGGCGCCCAUGAACAACCUCUACGCGCCGUACCACAAGGACGUGGCCGGCAUGGGGCAGAGCCUGUCGCCGCUGUCGGGCUCGGGGCUGGGCUCGGUGCACGGCUCGCAGCAGGCGCUGCCGCACUACGCGCACCCCGGCGCCGCCAUGCCCGCCGACAAGAUGCUGACGCCCACCGGCUUCGAGGCGCCGCACCCCGCCAUGCUGGGCCGGCACGGCGAGCAGCACCUGAGCGCCCCGCCCGCCGGCAUGGUGCCCCUGGGCGGCAUCCCGCACCCCCCGCACGGCCACCUGGGCGCGCAGGGCCACGGGCAGCUGCUGGGCCCCGGCCGGGAGCAGAACCCUGCGGUGGCGGGCUCGCAGGCGGGCGGCGGGAGCAAUUCAGGGCAAAUGGAAGAAAUCAAUACCAAAGAAGUCGCUCAGAGGAUCACCACCGAGCUCAAGCGGUACAGCAUCCCCCAGGCCAUCUUCGCCCAGCGGGUGCUGUGCCGCUCCCAGGGGACCCUCUCGGACCUGCUGAGGAACCCCAAGCCCUGGAGCAAGCUCAAGUCCGGCCGGGAGACCUUCCGCAGGAUGUGGAAGUGGCUCCAGGAGCCCGAGUUCCAGCGGAUGUCUGCUCUGCGGCUGGCAGCGUGCAAGAGGAAAGAACAAGAGCACGGGAAGGACAGAGGGAAUACCCCCAAAAAGCCUCGGUUGGUCUUCACGGAUGUCCAGCGUCGAACUCUACAUGCAAUAUUCAAGGAAAAUAAGCGUCCAUCCAAAGAAUUACAAAUCACCAUUUCCCAGCAGCUCGGGUUGGAGCUGAGCACCGUCAGCAACUUUUUCAUGAAUGCACGGAGGAGGAGUCUGGAUAAGUGGCAAGACGAGGGCAGCUCCAAUUCAGGCAACUCAUCUUCAUCAAGCACUUGUACCAAAGCAUGAAGGAAUUACCACAAACUAAACCUCGGUGGAAAAGCUUUAAAAAUAAAUAAAUAAAUAACUAAAGACAGACCGGGACCUCAAGAUAGCAGGUUUAUACUUAGAACUAUUUGAAAAAAAUGUUAUUUAUAAGUCCAAAGAAACCAAAGACUUAUUUCACCUGCAUUAUGACUUUGUUCUAAGACACACGCUUUAGUAGGAUGACAACUUGCAAAAAAUAAAGGAAAGAAGAGAGUGAAAUGGAACGAACGAAGUGGAACAUGAAGAGAAGAAAAGCAGACCACUGGCCUCACACCUUCGUCCAUGAUCAUCUUCACUGUCCUUGGCUGUGUAGUGGUUUGGAGCAUAGUGAUUUCUUGUCAUUGAAUGGACAUCUUGUCAGAUAUGGCUCUUCAUUUCCACAGCGAUCGCCAUGAAGGUGUGCAGUGUGUCCGUACACACCGGUGGUAGGGACUGAGUCAGAGCUGGUUGCAGAGAGGGUCAUGCGCAGCAUGGCCAGCAAGGCGUGGAGUCGUCCGAAUGCAUUUGAAUGGUAGUGUGAUUUUUACUGUUUUGGUGUUUGAGCUUCCCAGGCGCGAUGCCCGGACACGAGUUCAAACUAGGCAGAGAAAUUUUGAAUGGUACCUAAACCAGUGCAUUCUCUUUGUUUGUUAAGGAAUGUUCAGAUUUAAAAAAGGGAAACUAUUCCAUCCAUAAAAGUUGACUAGCUACCAAAGAACACAUUUAAUAAUUAUAUUGCAGGUAUUUUAUUGCAAUGAUUUUAAUAUUCCAAAGCUAUUUUUACACAAAAUACUAUGUAGAGUUAUAGGUAUAAACUAAUCUAACUGUAUAACACAUAAAAC